GUAUUGUCUGUCCGUCAUUUGACUCAUUUUCCCACUGGUAAGAGCUCAACUUCAGGGAUUAAUGGGCUUAGGCCUGAUCCGUUUAAAAAAAAAAAUAUAUAUCUUCAUAAGAGAGUUUGGCCGUUUGGAAAUAACGUGUAAGUAGGACCCACUUUUGUGAUUAUCCGCCGCACAGAAGUCUCUCCUCCACUCCACAAAUAGCAUUCCCGGCGAGAGACAGAGAGCGAAGAAGAAGACUCAAACCAAAAAAAAAAAUGGAAGCUGCACUGCUUUCUCUUCAGCCCUUCCCUUCCUCCGCCACUCAACGACGUCUCUCUCCGUUUAACCUCCACAAUACACUUACCAGACCUUCUUCUUAUGCUCCUCUUCGUGCUCAAAAGUGCUGAUUCAUUGAUUCUCAAAAUUGAUGAAAAUCUAUGAUUCGAGAGUUGGUAUCAAUAGCUUUUCAGCUUCAGGAGUUUGGAAUCGAUGUUAGACUUUGUGCACUUUAUGAAUCUUCUGGAAUCACAGAAGGUUCUGAUUCAGCAUUAGAGGCUAAAGUAAGUGAGCAAGAAGUGGGAAUGUACCAGAAUGAAGUAGUUGAGAGUCAAGGUAUAAGGAUAAGGAGAAGACCACCUACUGGACCUCCAUUGCAUUACGUUGGACCUUUUGAGUUCCGGCUUCAGAACGAGGGAAACACGCCUCGUAACAUCUUGGAAGAGAUCGUAUGGCACAAGGAUAAAGAAGUUGCUCAGAUGAAAGAGAGAAAGCCUCUUUAUAGCUUGAAGAAGGCUCUUGAUAAUGUUCCUCCUGCUAAAGACUUCAUUGGUGCUCUUAGAUCGGCUCACCAAAGAACGGGGUUGCCUGGUUUAAUAGCUGAGGUUAAGAAAGCUUCUCCAAGUAGAGGAAUCCUGAGAGAGGAUUUUAACCCUGUUGAAAUUGCACAAGCUUAUGAGAAGGGGGGAGCAGCAUGUCUUAGUGUUUUGACAGAUGACAAAUACUUCAAGGGAAGCUAUGAGAACCUGCAAGCUAUAAUGGAAGCUGGUGUGAAGUGCCCUUUGCUAUUGAAAGAGUUCAUUGUUGAGGCAUGGCAGAUAUACUAUGGUAGAAGUAAAGGCGCAGAUGCAGUUUUGUUGAUCGCUUCUGUGUUACCUGACCUUGACAUCAAAUACAUGAUUAAGAUUUGCAAAAUACUUGGAAUGGCUACACUUGUGGAGGUCCAUGACGAAAGGGAGAUGGAUCGUGUUCUUGCAAUUGAAGGAGUCGAGCUCAUUGGCAUCAAUAACCGUAACCUUGAAACAUUUGAGGUAGAUCUUGGUAUCACAAAGAAGCUACUUGAGGGAGAGCGUGGCGAACUGAUCCGUCAAAAAGACAUCCUUGUGGUUGGAGAAUCUGGGUUAUUCACUCCCGAAGAUAUCGCCUUUGUUCAAGAAGCCGGUGUCAAAGCAGUUUUAGUCGGCGAAUCUCUUAUUAAACAAAGCGAUCCCGGGAAGGCAAUCAGCACCCUAUUUGGAAGAGAUGUCUCAGAGUAAAUUCCGAGUAGAAACUUUUUGUAUAGAGAAAAUCUUCAUUGAAGUCUCUUUUUUUCUUCUUAAGUGCCGCUCAAGUGCGCAGAGGCUUGUGCCUUUACAGAAAUGUCCAAUUAUUAUUAUUUUCUUGUCUUACAUACACAUUGUGUACUUAAAUUUAUCCAUCAAAUGUCAAAUCUUGGUCGACGUUUUAAUGAGUACAUGAGGAUAAAUCAUUAACUACG